ACUACACAUUUCACCUAGGAGCAGUUAUAUUUUCUCACCUCAAAUAACGAAGGUAUUCUACCGAAUAUCAGUAAAGCAGCAAUCAUCCCAUACUAUUUUACCACCAAAUAGUAUCGGAUACUAAAAAGAAGAAAAAGAGGAAAGACCAAACACACCGUCGCCAAAAUGGACGAAGACGAAAUACCCCACCAAUACGACGACAGCAACCGCGCAUUCCUGCAAGCCUUCAUGGCGCGCGGGACGCUGACAUUCGCGCAGGCGCGGCCGAUACUCGCGGCGAUCUUCACGGCGUCGGAGAAGAUGGCGUACGCGCGGCGGCCGCGCGAGGACCCGGACAACCCCGAACCGGAGCCGACGCAGGCUAGCCAGGUGACGCGCGAGGACUUCGAGUCGUACGUGUCGGCGGCGUCGGAGGCGGCGUCGGCGUUCGACUACGAGAUCCGCAGCGCGACGCACCAGGCGACGAAGGAGCGGGUGUACGCGCUGGUCAACGUGGCGGGCGACGGGCCGACGCAGAUGGCGACGCUGCGGACGGCGGAGGAGGGCGCGUUCGUUAGGAGGGUUGUCGAUGCCAUGUUUGAGCGGUAUAAUACGCAGCGCAUGGAGACGAUUUGUUUAGACGGCAUGCAGGCGAAUAAGCUCAGGACGGCGCCGAGGGAGGUGGAGGAGUUCGAUGGUAACGGAGAGGGAGAGAGGGAGAAUGGGGAUGGUGAGGGCGGAGCGACGCAGACCGUGGCUGCCACGAGGGGCCUGAAGAGCAGCGAGGUGGAGAACGUGAUGCGGAGUAUGGUGGACGAGGGGUGGUUCGAGCGCAGCGCCAACGGCUUCUACUCGCUGGCGCCGCGGGCGCUGAUCGAGCUGCGGUCGUGGCUCGUGGACGCGUACAACGACGCGGAGGCGGCGGCGGACGAGUGGCAGCGCGUCAAGUUCUGCGAGGCGUGCCGCGAGAUCGUGACGUGGGGCCAGCGGUGCGCGGACCGCGACUGCAACGCCCGGCUGCACGACGUCUGCGGGGACGCGUUCUGGCGCGUCAGGGGCGGCGGCGAGCGCACGUGUCCCAGGUGCGGCGUCCCGUGGACGGGGCGCAACUUCGUGGGCGAGCGGGCGAUUACGGAGACGGAGGCUUGGAAGAAGGGCGCGCGGAGGAGCGGGAAGGGGAGGGCUAGUUUGGUGCAGAGGAAUGGGGAGGAAGAGGAGGAAUAAUAAGACUGCUUCACUUGUCGCAUUCUUGGCUGCCUAUUCUACUCGGGAGUGGCAAUGGGCUAUGUUAUGGGGCUGCUGAUGCUGAUUAUUGCUGUUAUACGAUACGCCUACGCUGAUUUUAAACCAUGGCUCGUCGGAAAGGAAAAGAAGGCAUGGAAACUAGAACAAAUGGGAAUGGGAUAUGGAAGGAAAAUAAAUUAGAUACCCUCGGGGGUAAUGUGAAUAAUUCCCCUGAAAAUGAAAAUAAUGGUUUAUGUGUUUAUCUACGAUAUACUGGUUUCACCUCGCAGCUUUUACAUGCACGGCUCUAAUGUCUAUCUAGG